GGUAUUAUAUUUUAUCUAUGGGUAAUAUUGGGCUGGGCGUUGGUUAUCAGUUAUCACAAUAAGCAACAGGAACAAAAUAAUAAUUAAACUGUAACAUUUCGUAUUUAAAAAAAACUGUGUAAUUAAAAACAAAAAUUAAAUAGUUUAAAUAAAACUUAUAAUAGAAGUUAUUGUUUGAUCGUUCCACUUUUAAAACUCAGCAUAACAUAUGAAUACUUCAUCUUCUCAAGAUGAUUUUUUUCCUGAGAAAUACUCGGCACCUAAUUUUACCACAGACAUGUAUGAUUUUGUUGAUAAUCGAUUAGAUUAUUACAGUGACUAUUUUGUCUCUAAUGAUUUGGAAGCUAACCAAAACAAUGAUUUAAUUACAAAUAAUCCUGUUAAAAAAUCCUCUGAACCUGCUUGUACGGAUAACAUAAAUGAUUUUGUGGAAGACCCAUUAGAUUUUUAUAUCAACUAUUUAAAUGAAAACAAUUUGGAAUGUAUCUCAAACAAUGACUUGGCUACUAACAGUUCUAUCAACAGUUGUACUCCAGAAAUAUUUCCUGUGUCAUCAGAAAAUAGUAGUUCUGAAUCAAUGGUUAAGGAACAAACCCUGGCUGACGAUGAAGUUAUAUACUUAAUAUCUAAAAACGCUCAUGUAUAUAAGUGUGACACAUGUGAUAACCAUUACUCUAACACUUUAGAUUUGGCAAAACACCAACGAAUUCAUACGAAAGUUUUGAGCUGUAAGUUAUGUGACCAUCGUUUUUCUAAUAUAUAUGGACUUUCUCGUCACAUGAGAACACAUCGUGGAGAGAAACGGCACCGCUGUUUGGUUUGUAACAAAGCAUUUUACGAGUCUAGUCAUUUGGCAGCCCAUUCAAUUGUACACACUGGGGAAAAACCUUAUGUUUGCCCCAUUUGCCAGAAAACGUUUACCCACCAUUCAAAUCUCAUUACGCAUCGUAAAGUGCACGGCAAAGAUCGACCUUAUGAAUGUGAAAUUUGUGCUAAACGGUUCGUACGUCCAUCCCAUCUUGUAGAGCACAGGAAAAUACAUGGUGGUGACAAGCCAUAUGGAUGUGACAUGUGCGAAAACAAAUAUACAAGAAAGUCUCAUCUAAUCGAACAUCGAAGGAUUCACACUGGCGAGAAACCUUAUACGUGUGAUAUUUGUAAAAGCAAAUUUGCCAAGUGUUCAGAAUUAAAUAAACAUAAAAAAAGAUUACAUAAGUAACCCAUAAUAAUGCCAAAUAUUCUAAUUGUGAGAAUCUUAAAAGAGACUGAAUUUAGUAAGUACUAACUAAUUCUGACCAAACGAUUUGUUCCAAAAAUCUUUGGUAUUUACUAUUUACCCAAAAAUUGAGAUUUUAUUGGAUUUAUGCAUACCCAAAAAAACAUAGCUGGGUUGAGCUUUAAGAAAAAAAACCUGAUUUUUACUAACAUUAAUACAUCAGCAUUUCUGGAUUUCAUAAUAGAAAAGUUAUUUUACGAUGUAUAAAUGAAGUUCAAAUUAACAUACAGACAUUUCCCUUCUAUAAUAUUUUUAAUAUAUAAUAUUGACUAUAAUUAUUAAUAAUGAACUGAUAUAAUUAUAAGUCAACACCACUCUAGUCAUAUAUACAUAAUGUAUAAAUAAG